GAAUUUGGCUUCAAGGGCCCGGAACGGGACGAGAUGCUCGGGGGCAUUGUGAGCAUCGUCUUCUUCACCUCUGGGGCUCUUUUCUCCCUGGUGGCCGGGCGGCUCGCUGAUCUCAUGAAGCGGACUACCUUGGUCUCCAUCUGCAUGCUCGUGGGAGCCUGCGGCACGCUGGCCAACUCUCGCGCUGCCAACUUUGGUAGCCUUCUCUUCUGUCGGGCCGCCGUUGGGGCGGCUGUGGGCGGGCUUCUGCCGGCUAGCUUCGCCAUUAUUGGGGACAUGUAUCCCCCGGACGAGCGACCGCACGCUAUUGCCAUGCUCGCCGUGAUCUCGGGCAUGGGACCGGCGGUUGGACAGGCCCAGCGACAUGAGGUUUACAGCUUGGGAGACUUAAUACGGUAG